AUGCUGUCAGCAUUGAAUAGCAAACUUCGCCGUCGCAAUAGCCAUGGUGCUCCUUACAGCACACCGCCGAAUACGGUCAACGCGCCGAAAAUUGGCCCGCAGCGUACAACCAAGAAAGCCCAGAAGUUGAAAUUGCUUCCGGAUCCAGUAACUGCUGAAGAGGAAGAGAGCGAUGGAGAUUUCCCUCGCGAUGUCUAUUCGCAGAUUACUCGCAUCAAAGAGCCUGCUGCACGAAGUCACGCGGCCCGGCUGGGCAAGGCCGACCGAGAUCGCAUUCCUCGGGUGACUGCGUACUGUACCGCCAAUUCCUAUCGCCUGGAAGGAGUGAUCAAAUUCCUCAAAUCCCGGGCCAAAACCCGCGGAGCCAAUCCCAAGCUGUACGACGAGUGCGUCUACUCUGGUUUCGAUUAUCAAUAUGAAGAGAAGCAAAAUUCAAGAGUUUUCCCAUCUUCCACCAACAAUGGCCACCACGAUUGGCGAGCAAGCGAGCGCAGGUACUCGGAUAGCGUCGUCGAGGUGGAUGACAACACGAAGUCCCGAAGGGAAGAUCUGAUCGAUUUCCGCGAGGAGGCAGCUGUUCACUCCGAAAAUACAGAACACGCAUUAGCCGCAGUGCAGCCCCAGGACCAGCAGUAUGAUAUUGAUACAACAAUCCAUAUGCCCGAGGUUUUCUUGUUUGACUACGGAACUGUUGUCAUCUGGGGUAUGACCCCUGCACAAGAAUCACGUUUCUUGUCAGACAUAUCGAAGUUUGCUACCUCCAUAUUGAGUCCGGAUGACACACAAGUCGAAAAUUUCAACUUUUACUAUGCGCGGGAAUACCAGGCUCGUAUAUACAACGAUUUCAUUUCGCUCCGCGAGCCUCGCAACCAUAUGAUCAAGUUGGCAAUCUCACAUGCCCUAUCCCAAUCAGUCAAGACCUCUCUCUUCGAGGACCUGGUAUCUGAAACUAUUUCAGACACCGCCCCGCUGCCUGCUCAGAUCGCGCAGACUGGUAGUGUCAAUCUGACGCGGAAGCAAAUCAACAUGCAGAUCGGAGAGCUAUUCAUCUUGCGAAUUAACAUUCACUUGCAAGGGUCUGUUCUGGAUAGUCCAGAACUCUUCUGGGCAGAGCCCCAACUGGAACCGGUGUACCAAGCUGUCCGAAGUUAUCUGGAAAUGGACCAGAGAGUCAGUUUACUCACAGAGCGAUUGGAUGUCAUUGCCGAUCUUCUUGCUGUGUUGAAAGAUCAGUUAACGCACCGCCACGGCGAAUAUCUUGAAUGGAUUGGUAAGAUUCACCCUGCCUACUAG